AUGCCCGACUGCGCUCACAAAACAUCAGGCAACUCGUGCGGCUGCACCUCCACCGCCCCAGCCGGCGAAACCCUCUGCGCCUGGUGUCGCGACGGACACAAGACCAUCGUCAAGAACAACGCGAACAGCGCCAUGGAGGAUCAGGGACAGGACCAGAACGACGGGAAUGUUGGGUUGGAGUUUUGCUGCUCGGGGUGUGGUGCUUCCAAGUACUGA